UUUCAAACUUCUCUUCCUUAAUUCUCUCUCAGUCCAAAUCACACACCUUUCUCUCUCUCUCUCUCUCUCUCUUCCCUUGGCCUAUGCAGAGUAGGAGAUCAUGGAACUUGGUUUGAGCUUAGGAGACUCUUCAAGGCCUUUGCUUAGUUUCAUGGAAAAGCCUCGUGAAGCCUCCAACCAACUGGGGUUAGGCUUCAGCACCACGUUAUCAAUUGGGCCAGUCAUCACUACACGAAAGGAUCAGCAAGAUGAACAAGAAGAAUUUGAAGAAGAAGAAGAAGAAGAAGAAGAAGAAACAAAGCCAAAGAGCAACAACAACAUCAACACUCGCACAACAGAAGAUCCUUCCGAACCCAACAACAACAACAACAACAACCCAGUUCUGCAUCAGCUCGAUCUUCUCCCUCAACUCUAUCUCCCAUGGCACCCUCCUUCUGAAAACGGGAGUUUAUCAUCUGAGUUGGGAGGUUCUUCCAGGGGCUUGGACGUGAACGCGCAGCCGCCGCAGGCGGAGGAUGAGGCAGAGGAGGUGGCGGCGCUGUCAUCAUCUCCGAACAGCGCAGCCUCGUCGUUUCAAAUGGAUCUCUGCAUAUACAACAGAGGAGGGAGUUUCUAUAAAAGGAACUAUGAGGGUGAAGCUUAUGAUCAAAGGGCCUCUUCAAGAGCCAGUGAUGAGGAUGAUAACAACGGUAGCGGUGGCAACGGCAGAAAGAAACUCAGACUCUCCAAGGAACAAUCUGCGUUCCUUGAAGAGAGUUUCAAAGAACACAACACUCUUAACCCCAAACAAAAGCUUGCUCUUGCUAAACAACUCAAUCUACGACCUCGCCAAGUAGAAGUGUGGUUUCAAAACCGAAGGGCAAGGACGAAGUUGAAGCAAACAGAAGUGGAUUGUGAGUACUUGAAAAGGUGUUGUGAGACACUAACGGAAGAGAAUAGGAGACUUCACAAGGAGCUUCAAGAAUUGAGGGCUUUGAAGAGUUCAAACCCUUUCUACAUGCAAUUACCAGCCACAACUUUGACCAUGUGCCCUUCUUGUGAACGUGUGGCCACAAAUUCCACAUCCACUUCCUCCUCUCAGAGUGCUCCUAAUGCCACCAUCAAUGCAAAUUCAGGAGCCAUGACCAUUGUCAAAAGCAGUGCCACCAACAAUGACUCACCCUCCAAACCCAUUGGAUUCCCAUUUGGUAAACCCAGGUUUCAUCCAUUUGUCCACACUACCCAUCAACACCAAUCUCCAUCAUCUUGAAAAUAUGCAGUUCAAGACUAGUAUUACUGAAUCCAGGCUUGGAAAAUUUUAUUUGAAUUUUGUAUAUAGGAAAGUUAAUUUAGUUCUGAGAGCUCAUAGUUUUUACCUUUAUUUUGUUUUCUUGGUGGGUCAUACGGAAUUUGGAUAAUUGGGUUUUGUUUUUUUUUUUUUUCUUGUUUGGAUCUCCAUGUAUUAUUCCUUCUUUCUCGGGUUUUAUCCAUAGUGAAAUCAGAAAGAAGAGAGAUGAAAAAUUUAGACA